AUGACGUCCAUAGGCACGGGCUACGAUCUCCUCAACUCCAUCUUCUCUCCCGACGGCCGCAACUUCCAGGUCGAGUACGCAGUCAAGGCGGUGGAGAAUGGCGGCACGUCGAUCGGCAUCCGGUGCAAGGACGGCGUCGUCCUGGCCGUCGAGAAGGUCGUCGGGUCCAAGCUGCUGAAGCCCGGAGCGAACAAGCGUAUUGCCACCAUUGACAGCCACGUCGGAGCCGUAUACUCCGGCAUGGUGCCCGAUGGCCGCCACUUCGUUGACCGGGCCCGCGACGAGUCCCAGAGCUGGCGCCAGAACUUCAAGACCCCGAUCCCCACAGCCGACCUGGCCUCCCGCAUGGGCGGCUACCUGCAAGCCUACACCAUGUACGGCUCCGUCCGGCCGUUCGGCAUCACCGCCAUCAUCGGCGGCGUCGACACCUCUGAGGACACGCCCGUCGACGGCGAGGUCGGCUCCGGCCCCAAGUGCGGCGCCGGCGGCAAGGUCCCCGGCAAGCACGGCGGGCCCUUCCUCUACAUGAUCGAGCCCAGCGGCCUGUACUGGGGCUACUACGGCGCGGCGACGGGCAAGGGCCGUCAGGCCGCCAAGGCGGAGCUGGAGAAGCUGGACCUGCCCGCCGGCAACAUCACGAUACACGAGGCUGUCAAGGAGGCGGCGCGUAUCAUCUACGUGGCCUCCAAGGACAACAAGGACAAAGAUUUUGAGCUGGAGAUGACGUGGAUCAGCGGCGCCGACGGUCCGACCAAGGGCCGCCACCAGGAGGUGCCCAAGGAGCUGCGGGAGGAGGCUGAGAGAUUAGCAAAGGCUGAGGACGACUCGGACGAUGACGACGAGAACGACAAGAAGGACGACGACAAGAUGGAGGAAUAA